AUGGCUCCCCAACUCCUUUAUAUAGGCCUUGGUAACAUGGGCCGUCUCACUUCCUCAUCUGUUUCUAGGAAAGGUUGUCUAGACAAACCACUCGUCGUCUACAAUCGUACCCAGAAACGAUGUGAAGACUUUGCAGCCCAAGUCGGCUCGGACCAUGCCAAGAUAAUUAAGAUUGCGAAACUGAUGAUUGACAAGGGAGCAGAGUUUGUCAGCAGUCCAGCAUUUGGUCCGUCUCAAGUGGCCAAUUCUAGUACGCUUAUCUUCGCAACUGCUGGCGCCAAGUCAUCCAUUGACAAGCUACGUCCAUACAUCAAAGAUGAGCCUCGUAGUAACGCGGCUAAACUUAAGCUCAUUGGCAAUGCUUUCGCCCUCAACACCAUCACACAAAUUGCUGAAUCUUUAACGUGGGUCGAAAAGUCAGGCAUUAGUCCCGUAAUGGUCAAGAAGUUUGCUGACCUCACGUACGGCGGAUUCUACUCGGUGUAUUACUGCUAUAAAUACUUUAUGCUAACGCUUAAUUAUUAA